AUGGAGCCCACCGCGGCCAUCUCUGUCCUGGGGGAGGACUGCCUCCUGCCUCAGAGCCGCUCCUGUCUCGGCUGCUUCAUCGAGACGAAGGACGGCGCCAUCACCCCCUCCGACGCCGAGCCCGGGGUCAGCCUCAAGAUGGCCGACGCCUGCCGGGGCGAGUACGACGGCUGCCCCAUCGCGGACAUCGGCAUGCAGUGCAUGAGCAGCGGCGAGGCGCCCGGCUACGGCGACCAGCUGCUCUCCGACCAGCUGCUGAGCUUCCCGUUGCCCAAGCCGCUGCCCGCCGACAAAAAGGGCGACGACAGGGCGACGGACAGCGACGACGCGGACGACCCGGCGACCAAGAACCUGUACGACGGCCUGCUCCUGGACAAGUGCAACGGGGAGGAGGUGCUCCUGGCCAACACCACCCAGGACUGGGGCUACAUCGAGUCCUUCAUCAGCGAGAGCAAGAUCGAGCUGCUGGACCUGUGCUCCAAGAACGACCUGUCCGUCAACCUCUUCUCCGAGGAGGACGUGGACAACUACAUGUUCGACGACGACGACGACGACUCGACGCUGAGCAGCGACGUGUGCUCCCUGAAGAUCCGCUACGAGUCCUUCCAGGACAACAUGCGCGAGAAGACCAACGUGCUCCAGGAGGAGACCCAGUUCAACUUCUUCCCCAGCGUCCUCGUCAACUGCCCCAAAAAGGAGGACGGCGCCGGGAGGAGAGGGACCAAGGAGCUCCCUCGAAGCCCCAAAAUGGAUUACUUUGUGGACUCCAGCGACUCGGCGGAGGAUUCGGGGGAUUACAGCGACGACAGCUCCUGCACCGGCUCCUCGGUGGAAGCGUUCCCGGACGGAAAGCCCAAGCGGCAGCCGGGACGGAAGGGCGGCGGCGGCUCGUCCCACCACCUGAACUACGGGCUGAGGGCCAAGCGAAAAGUGCGCUACAGCGACGACUACCUGUACGACGUGGACUCCAUCGAGAGCGAGAGGAGCGCCGCCGAGAAGCGCGACAAGCAGGCGCCGGGCCAAAAGGAGGAACGGGACGACGACUGGUGCCCCAAAAAGCGGCGGAAGUCGUCCCGCAAAGAGCCGCCCGUCAUCAUCAAGUACAUCAUCAUCAACAGGUUUAAGGGAGAAAAGCACAUGUCCGUUAAGCUGUUCAAAACCGACCCAGCAGUCACGACUGUGAGCUUAGACACAGACGCAAUGAGCAAAUAUGAAAAGCUGGCUCCUCUGAAGCAUUUCUGGCAGGAGCAACAGAGGGAGCGAGAGGAGCAGCUUAAGCUGGCUCUGCGAGAUAAACCCAAUUUCCAUCCAAACGGUCGCCACCGACCCUUUAGUUCCCGUCCCCCGAAGAGGAAAUACAAGUUUGCAAACAGAUUUAGGAUUCAGAGGAUUCAAACUGUGGAGCAAUCUCCCACGAGGCAGGGUUCCUCAGCCUCUGUGAGGGAAGAGGGCGGCGGCGGCACGAAAGACGGUGCCGUGCCGGUAGGAAUCCCAUUACCGCUUUCGGCGUCGGGCCGCACGGGCGCAUUAGACACCGGCGACAUCGCGUACGCCGCCACGCCGAAGAGCCGAUCUCAGCAGCAGCGGGAGGAGAGGAGGAUUGGCAACAAAAUCGUGCGCAUCCGCAAAUUCAAAAGCGAGGCCAGGCUGCAGAGCCGGAAACUGCAGCGGGCGGCGGGAGAGCAGCAGCACGCCAUCGACUCCUCCGCGGGCGCCGAGGGAGCGGAGUCGACCUCCGCACAGGCCCCACACCGACUAGUGGAGGGCCAGGCCUUGGACGCAGGCGACGCGUUCACUUUCACGCCCUCCGACCUCUGCACCCCGACGGCCAACGACAAACCCGCUCCCCCCCCUGCCGUUUCCGAGGCGGUGGGUGACAGCGGCGUGGCCGUCAUCCCGGGAGGUUACCUCCAGACGCUCCUCGACGGCUCCGAUUCCUCCAGCAGCGCCAGCAUCAGCUACUUCCCGCAGCAGGCGUCCCAGCAGACGUACCCGGUGCUGGGCCUGUCGGUGGAGGAGAAGCAGUUCACCUCCCUGCAGCUGGCCCAGAGCUGCGUCCUCUCGCCGCCCUCCGAGUCGGAGCUCCAGCAGUCGCCCCAGAGCUGCCCCAGCUUCACCCAGAUGUGGCCGUCCCAGCUGUGCCACGGUCAGCAGUUCGCGCCGGACAUGCCCGAGACCGCCAUCCUGCCCGACGGCUUCCCCAAGACCCUGCCGGUGUCCGUGUCCGUGUCCGUGUCCGCCGAAGACAUGACCGCCGUGACUGGCUACGGCCAGGUGAGCCUGGAAGGCGACCAAGUGCUCUACGAGAAGAACUACCUGGGCGAGCAGACGAUGGUGCCCGCGGACGGCGACUUCCAGGUGUGCCAGGUGCCAUGCGUGGACGGGCAGCAGCUGCAGUUCCAGCGAGGGACGCUCAACACCGACCACGGGCGGCUCACCAGCUUCGACUCCAUGGGCUCUCUGUCCGUGGCCUCCAGCACCUACAGCUCCAUGAGCAUGAAGUCGUGCGAGCAGGAGGGCACCGGCGGAGGCGGCGGCGGAGGAGGAGGAGGAGGAGGAGGAGGAGGAGGGGGCAACGAGGAGGACGCGUCGGGCGAGACCUUCCUGGCCCACUGCAGCCCCAAGGUGGUCAUCCAGCAGAGCGUGGAGGCCAUCACGCCCCUGCGGGAGUCCACCGACCUGCUGGACAUCUCCAACUUCACCCCGGACAAGUUCCGCCACGCGUCCCUGUCCGAGCUCUCCCCGCCCGAAACGCCCAACCUCUCCCCGCAGGUGAAGGGCCGAGAGAUGAAGAUGGCCGGCGGGAAAACACUCGAGUACCAGGAUGUGGGCGACGACAUGUCGUGGAACUGCAACAUGAUGGAGCAGUCGGAGCACGUGGCAGCUGCCUCUUACGCGGGCGACAACCAUCAGUUCCAGAUGCACAUUUUUAACAACGCCAACGGAGCCGCCGGUGGCAUCGUGCCGGGCGACAAAGAAACGGGCGUGGCGGAUUUCGACGCACAAGCUGGGGCGGCGGUGGGCACAAAGGGCACAAAGUCGAAGAAGAGAAACGGCGGCAAGCAAGCAGCGGGCGAAGGGACGAAGAAAGUCCGCGCGCCGAAAGCCGCCAAGGCGGACAAGGUCAAAGCGCCGCGUCAGAACUCACGGUCGUCCAAAAAGCUCAAAGCCCACCUGGAGGAGAAGGCCGGGAAGGGGAAAGCGGGCACAUCAAAUCAGGCGCCCGGGGGGGACUGGCCCGGCGUCAGCUGGCCGGACGGAAACGGUCACGGCAACGUCGACGACCAGCGCGAGUUCGAAGAGCCGUCCAACAUCCUGUCCAACAUCGUGUCGGGCAUGGCCGAGGUCCAGCGGUUCAUGAUGGCCUCCAUCGAGCCGCUGUGGGGGCCCACGUCCAGCGUGUGUGUCGCCCCAGAUGCCAACAGCCUCAAGCUGAAGACCCUCAAGAUCCUGGCCGGCACGACCCCUGACCCUAAGAAGAAGGGAGCAGCGGGGGCCGGGGGUGGCAAGGGCCGAAAGGCCGGGGGCAAGGGGGCCAAAAACCAGGCCAAAUUUAACCCCUUCUUUCCUCAGCUUGCCCUGGGCUGCAACAUGUUCGAUAAACCCAACCUCUGCAUACCUGGUAUCAACGGACCAGCGCACAAAAAGAUGUACCGUCACAAAACCAGUGCAAAGUUCCCACGCAUCGAGAACAUUAAAGGGAAGCGAGCCGAUCGAGAGCCCAGUAAGGACAUAGCACUGAUGGCCUCUUUUGAAAAGCUGAGGUAA